AUCUUAAUUGUGUAAUGUUCAUUGACGAGUCAGCACAAUGCUGCUGAGACCGCGGAGGCGCACGGAGCCAACAGAGCGAUGAAAUGCUCCCAUCGAGGAGGACACAAAUGGACAGCCUAGUUCAGCCGCUCGUCGCCCAGUACCUCGCCAUGGGAUGUCAGUCAAAGGAAAACAACCAGAACCAAAGUAUAACAUCGGAAGAAAAAGCAAAAGAUGACGCGAGAGUGACUCCAGGAUGUGGCUCCAGGUCUAGAGUUUCUCCUCCAGGCCGCCCUCACAGGUUCCACAAACCCAGCCCGGCUCAGACCGCCCCGGGGAAAUCCAUGAUGUCCCUGGGACACCUCACCAAGGGGGCGACCUGGGAGGAGCUCAUCCAGGCCUGUCUGCAGUGCUUUGACUCAAAUGGCUGCAUAUGUGGGAGUAGCCAUCUGCUGAACAUCACCCUGACCAUGCACCGUCUCCUCAUGUCAUCCAGCGAUCUGCUAGACAACCUCAUCUCUCUAUUUAAAACAGCGCUGGACAAUGAGAAGCCGUCAGAGUGCCAGAGGAUAUGCUAUCUCAUCAGACACUGGAUCCAGGAAUUCUGGAUGAUGUUCCGCUUACACCACAGCUUGACGGACAGCCUGGAUCAGUUUCGUGAGCUGAUCAGAGACCAGGGACAGGAAAGUCUCUGCUCUCUCCUCGAGACCAAAUGGAUAAAUGAACGGGACUGGUCGUGGAAAGCAAGCCAGAAAAUCAAAGCCAACUAUAGUAAAAAGAGGAAGGUGUCUCUGCUGUUUGACCACCUGGAGCCGAUUGAAUUGGCUGAGCAUCUCACCUACCUGGAAUUCAAGUCUUUUUGCAGGAUAUCAUUUCUAGACUAUCAGAAUUACAUCCGCAACUGCUGCAUGAAGGACAUCCCCGUGAUGGAGCGUUCUAUCGCCCUGUGUAAUGGUAUCUCCCAGUGGGUUCAGCUGAUGGUGCUAAGCAGACCGACAGCUCAGCUGAGAGCUGAGGUUUUCACCAAGUUUAUUCAUGUCGCUCAGAGUCUCCAUCUCAUGCACAACUAUAACACACUAAUGGCAGUGGUGGGAGGCCUCUGUCACAGCUCCAUAUCCCGAUUAAAGGACACCACCUCGCAUGUACCCAGCGAGGUCACCAAGGUGUUGAAUGAGAUGACGGACCUGUUGUCUUCUUGUAGAAACUAUGACAACUAUAGACAGGCGUACAAUAAGUGCACAGGUUUUAAAAUCCCCAUCCUGGGUGUCCACCUUAAAGACCUGAUUUCAGUCAAUGAGGCCAUGUCUGACUAUGUCGACGACAACAAAGUGAACGUUCAAAAGCUCCAGGCCUUGUACAGCCACAUCAACGAUCUGAUCCAGCUCCAGCAGAUCCCACCCAGGCUAGACGCCAACAAGGACCUUGUCCAUCUGUUGACGCUGUCCUUAGACCUUUAUUACACUGAAGAUGAGAUCUAUGAACUGUCUUACGCCCGGGAACCUAAAAACUGUAAAGCACCUCCAGCCACCCCCUCUAGACCUCCAGUGGUUGUGGAUUGGGCAUCAGGAGUGGCUCCUAAACCUGAUCCCCGAACCAUUAGUAAGCAUGUGCAGAGAAUGGUGGAUUCUGUUUUUAAGAACUACGAUCACGAUGAGAAUGGCUUUAUUUCUCAAGAGGACUUUGAGAAAAUUGCUGCAAGCUUUCCUUUUUCCUUCUGUGUCAUGGACAAAGAGAAGGAAGGCCUCGUCAGCAGGGAGGAGAUCACUGCCUAUUUCAUGCGGGCCAGUGUCAUCUGCUCCAAACUGGGUCUGGGCUUUGUCCACAACUUCCAGGAGACCACUUACAUGAAACCCACCUUCUGUGACAACUGCUCAGGAUUUUUGUGGGGUGUCAUCAAACAGGGUUACAGAUGUAAAGACUGCGGGAUGAACUGCCACAAGCUCUGUAAGGACCAGGUGGCGUUUGAGUGCAAGAAGAACGCCAAAGUGCCCAACGCCAUUGACAGCCCGACUCUGAGCUCCACUCCUGUCACCACAGGCACGUCAGAGGGCUCAGAAGAAUGUCCUUUCCCAUACCCAUCAGAUGACAGCAAGGACUGGAGCCCAGAAUCUCCAGUUACCUCACACUUAAGGCCUCAGAAGGUCCACAGUGGAACCCAGACAGAGGCACCCCAGCUGACUUCUCCAGUCUCUGAAGCGAGCUGCUCUCUACUGGUCCCAGCAACGCCCACCCUCACCUCAUGUCCCAGUCCAGUUCCCCAGAGAAAGCAACGACACUGCGCCAAGUGGGAAAACCGAGCUUCUGUUGUACAGAAGCCCAAGGAACCAGAUGAAGACAGCAAACCCACCUAUGAAUCUCUGCAAUCAGACAACGAGAGGCUCCAGAACACCAAUGACACACUACGUAGGAAACUGAAGGAGGCAGAGCGAGAGGUGGAGUUCCUAAAGACACUGCUGAAGAGGCAUGCUCUGCACCCCGUGGACGAGGACUCCUCCUCCUAGACACACACAUACACACUGGACCUCUUCCAGGGAGACUGUUGCUGCCCUCAUAUGGCAGCAUGUAUAAAACUAGACUCGGUGUUUAAUUUAUUGAUGAAGAACAUUUUAUCGUUUAUCAUUUUAUCAGUGUAAAAAAAGACAUUUUGGCAUUAAGUGGCAAAAUAGUGGCAUUCCAAAGCAUAUUGCAGGUGCAUGGGAUCACAGACACUUAAAAGAAGGUAGGUUGUUACCAAUCAUGAGUUAAACAGAGGGAAAAAUCGACAAAUACAUUUUAAGAUACCACAUAUCAAGAUGUUUUGUAGUAUUAAGAAGGUUUAAUUAGUAUCAAGGAAAAACAAAGUAGGACCCCCCCCCCCCCCCCCUUACUGAAUUUACAGAAAGAAAUUAAAAAUGAGUAUUAGCCUUUUUAUGUAUUAAACUAUUAAAGUUUAAAGCUGGCAGUAUUCUGUAUCAUUGUAACUGUCACAAAAUCUCAUCUCAGCCAGUCAAUUUAUUUCAGUUUUUAAUAAUUUUUUGUCUCUGAAUGGGUUUAUGAAAUACUGCCAGACUUAUUGAUUGGUGGAACUUCACUCAUAUUUGGAAAGUAUUCACACAUAAGAAGCCAUGAAGUGAAGGGCUGCUGUAUUUUUCUUGAAAAUAGAGCUUAAUCAGUUUUCAACCAGUUACAUAUUUAUGUUAUACAUAAACUAAAAUAAAGAGAGGCUGCAGUAUCAGAUAAGCUGCAAAAUACUUAGUGCAAUGUAAAGUUUGUGGAUUAUGUGAUGGGUUCAUUGUUCGUUGUGAGGAAAAGUUCCCUCUGACUACUGCAGCAGAAUCCAGUUUGCUGCAGAUCUGUCUGUCUUUCUGUUUAUAUCGAUGCUUGUUACAUUUUAAAUGUUUUGUUAAUAUUUAUUGUCUGAGACACUACACAACAGUCACAUGAGAUAACUGAACAUUGCUGGUACUUUGAUUUAACUAUUUAUGCUUGUGUUAGCUGGCAUCAUAGUGCAACUUUUUAUUUUUACAAUGCAGCCAUGUAAUUUUAAUACUUUGUGGUCCAUUGUAGCAGUGAUGUGCAGUGAAUGUAACGUGUGAUGACUUGUAAAUAGAGUAUCCUCUGUGCCACUGUAUGAGAGUGCCAUCUUAGUUACAUCAGUUCCUGCAGUAUUGUUCUCCUACUGUUGUAUUAAAUACUAUAUAUUCUGUAUGAA